GGAUGGAGCUGACAUGGACAGGAGUUCUGCUUCUUCUCUGUGUACUCUUCACCCUUUUUUCAUCUUUCCAAAUGUACAAGAAAAAAGGGCAGUUGCCCCCUGGACCUACUCCAUGGCCUCUUCUGGGGAACCUCUUGCAGCAAGAUGUACUACCUUUGUAUAAAUCCUAUAAAAAGCUUAUUGAACAGUAUGGUCCUAUAUUUACCGUCUGGAUUGGAUCAAAACCUUUGGUUGUGCUCUGUGGACAUAAAGUCAUAAAAAAUGCUUUGAUAGAUCAUGCAGAAGAAUUUGGUGGACGUAAUAUUGUGCCCACCAUUCAGCGAAUAUUCCAGAAUCAUGGUAUGGCCACUGCUGAUGAGAGAAACUGGAAGGAGAUGAGACAUUUCAUGAUAUCUACCUUGAAAAAUUUUGGGAUGGGGAAGAAACAAAUGUCCGAAAGAGUGCAGGAGGAAGCCCUUUGUCUAGUGGAGGAAAUGGGCAGCAUGCAAGGGCAGCCUUUUGAACCAAAAAGAAAAUGUACAAGUGCUGUUUCUAAUGUAAUCUGUGCAGUCGUCUUCGGCACUCGAUUUGAUUACAAAGAUCAAAUGUUCACGGAGAACCAAAAGACAGUGGAAUCUCUUUUAGAACUCUGCAGUAAUUUCACAGGAAUGGUGUACAAUAGUUUUCCAAAAAUAAUGGAAUAUUUUCCUGGGCAACACACAAAGACUUUUGCUGAUAUUGAAAAACUCUGUGGUUUUAUCCAUAAAAAAAUAGUACUUCAUCAGAAAACACUGGAUAUUCAGGAGCCUCGUGACUUUAUCGACUGUUUCCUUAUCAAAGUAGAGAAGGAGCAGAACUCAUCUGAGGGUAUCUACACUCCUAAAGGUCUUGUGAAGAAUGUGUAUGGACUCUUUACUGCUGUGGCAAUAACCACAAGCCAGGCUUUGUUUUGCACCCUCCUAACAAUGACUAAAUUGCCACACAUUCAAGCUAAGGUGCAACAGGAAAUUGAUGAGAUGGAGGGUGCAAACCACUCUCCAAGCAUGGAGGACCGGUUGAAGAUGCCUUUCACAAAUGGCAUGAUCCACGAGGCUCAACGUUAUCAUAAAAUGAGUGUUGAGAACCUUCCAUGGGCAACAAUUUGUGACAUAAAAUUCCAUAGUUAUACCAUUCCCAAGAACAUGGCUGUUGUGCCAAUCCUCUGCUCUAUACAUUUGGAACCUCUCCAGUGGGAAACUCCAGAGAAGUUCAGUCCAGAUCAUUUUUUGGAUGAAAAGGGCCAGUUCAGGAAAAGAGAUGCUUUCAUGCGAUUCUCAGUAGGGAAGAAGGCCUGUCCAGGGGAAGCCCUGGCUAGGAUGGAGCUCUUCCUGUUCUUUAGCAGUCUACUGCAGAAGUUUACCUUCCAUCUGUUUAGGGACACCAAAGACACGGAUGUAAUAUCUUUGUACACGGACUUCAAAAAAAAGAAUCAUUACCCUCUUAUACAAGCCAUUAAAAGUUCAAUGGAAUCUUGUGUCCAAUAA